GGAGGUUCUUCAUGAAUUGACGUCCGCGGCUUUCCGUAGUGUUUACAUCCGGCGUAGCCAAUAUGGCGUCUUGCACUUGGCCUGUUAGCUUUAAAUAGACGUGUUUUAAUUUCUUUGUUUCACGUUUAUAUUUAAUGGGUUUCCUGGGAUUAGUAUGUAAAAUUAGCCUUUUAACCACACUAUUUAUCAGUUGGUGUUUUUUCUUACACACACUUCCCGUUGCUAACAGUUAGCUCGGGGGUAUCUGCGAACCAUGGAGGUGGAGGAGCUGCGGCCCGUUCCCCGGGAGCGGGCCAUCCUGGAGAGCUUCUUCGCCCAGCUCGGCAUGUUUUCCUUCGACCGAGCAAAGGACUACGUGGAGCGGGAGAAGGACGGCAGCAGGAGCAGCGGGAGCAUCUGGAGCGCGCUGCUGGCCGCUCUGGCUCACCUGGCCGCGGCGGAGAAGGUGUACCACAACAUGACGUUCCUGGGACAGAAAAUAGGUGGCCAGUCCUUCUUCAGCCGGAAGGACUCCAUCCGCACCAUCUACACCUCGCUGUACAACGAGCUCAGGAAGGUGGUGAUGAUGGGGCGCCACGGCCAGUUGAACUCCUCCUCUUCCGCCUCCUACCUGGAGGACCUGUUAUCGCACCUUUCAGAGCAGCUCUGCCACUUCAUCCAGGCCCGCAUGGAGAUGGCUGACCUGUACGAGAAAAUGCACUCACUGGGCAGCCAGAAGAAUGUCAACUCUGAGGAGCUGGUCACAGUGCUCGAGGUCGUCCUCCAGAAAUACAGCUCCAAGUUUCACCAUCCCAUUGUGGGCCGGGUGGAGGAGGGCUUCCAGAUGGAGGUGGACGUAGUGACACAGCUGCUGCGCUGCCAAGCCCAGUUGUCCGAGUGGCACUUCCUGCCCGCCCUGCUCAGCCUGCACGGUGCCAACUCCAAGCUCCUCACCUGGGGUCAGCUGUUCCAGCGGCAGAAGGAGACUCGCAAGCACCUGUUCGGAGGUCAGUCCCAGAAGGCAGUGCAGCCUCCGCACCUCUAUGUGUGGCUGCAGCGCUUCCAAGCGACACUGCUCGCCAAGUUCAGCUUCUACUUUCACGAAGUUCUGAGCAAGCAGACGGUACCGGCUGACAUGAGGGCGCAGACGGCCCGCACCACCCCGGACUACUACGGCAAGAUCUCCACCUUCAUACGCAAACACGAUGCCAGCAAUGUGUCGCUUGUGUUUGACAACCGCGGCUCGGAAAGCUUCCAGGGUCACGGCUACCACCACCCACACUCGUACCGGGAAGCACCGAAGGGCGUGGAGCAGUUCCCCGCUGUGGUGUCACUGCCAUCGGGAGAGCGGCCGCUCACACACUGGCCCAACGUCAUCAUGAUGAUGGGAGACCGCGCCGCUGAACUCAACACUCUGGACAAAGUGGUGCACUUCUAUGAUGACAAGGUCCAGAGCACAUACUACCUGACGCGGCCGGAGCCGCACUUUACGCUUGUCGUCAUCUUUGACGGAAGGAAGUCUGAGAAGGAUCUGCACCUCACCGGCUUCUUGCAGGAGAUUUCUGGCUCGCUUCGGAACUCCAAGCCUUUCAGCACCCUCAAACCCGGGUCGAAGGGCUGAACUGCACAUCGACAAGACGCUAAAUUUUUACAUGGUCCUGCGUUUUCUGUGGUCCAGCUGGCGCUUUUUGCUGCUUUCUCAGUUUGCCAAAAAUAUUCCAGACCAAAGAGAUUCUAGGUGCUCUGAAUUUAUUUGACCUGACCGUGACAGGAUGACCACCACAGCACUGCUCGUGCUCAGAGCCUUUUAAUUAUUUGGCAUCAUGCGGUUUUAACAGGUUUAUGUUUUAAUUCGUUAUACAUUACAUUUGUUGUGCUUAAUACAGUUUAAAUAAAGAUUUGAAAUGUAAAACAGUAAAGUUUCAAUAUUUACUUUUUACAUAUUUUUUUUUGUAUUAUUUAUUUAUUUUUAAUAUCCUUAUUUGUUUUAAACUCUGCUUUGCUGCAGCUGCUUUGGCUCCUCCCCCUGUUUGAACCAACUUUGUUUUGAUUGGUUGCCUCUCACAGGACGGGACUGCAGUGCUCAGCUAUGUGCUGAGAUCACUACAAUAAGGAUAUGUGACAUCAUUUCGAGACCAGACGGUUUAACCUGUGAAGCUUUUGGCUCGCUGCACGUAAAGUGAUCUCAUUAUGUGAAACUUUGGCUAUGUUUAACAGGAAUAUCCAUCACUGGAACAGAAAGCUCAAUAUUUUAGAGGAGAAUAAAAUAAUUUUUUUGUGAAUAUCGUCUGAGAUUAAAAAUUAAAGAGUGUUCAUUUACUAAUGCACAUACACCCACUGGCCCUUUUAUUAGCCCAGUGCAUUUAAGCAUUUGAACACAGUCAAAAUAAUCCUCCAGAAGUUCAAGCUAAACAUCAGAAUAGGAGAAAUGUGAUUUAAUGGACUUUGAACAAAGCCUAAAACUGCCCAUCUGCUCUCCUGCACAACCGUCUUUAAAAUUUACAAAGAAAGAUCUGAAAAGAGAAAAUGUCCAGUGAGCGGCAGUUUCUGGCCAAAAAUGUCUUGGUGAUGUCAGAGGAAAAUGGAAGCCAACAGUAUCUGAAAUAGCCACUCACUGCAACCAAAGUAUGCAGAAGAGAUUCUCUGAAAGCAAAACCGGUUGAACCUUGCAGCUAAAGGGGAAACCGGGUACCACUCCCGUCAACUAAGAAGAGGAAACUGAAGCCACAGACUCACCAAAAACUCAAUUUCUGCUGCAACUUUCAGAUGGUGGGCGCACAAUUUGGUGUUAACGACAUUUGGAGAAAUAGUGGAAAAAGAACUAUGAAAGGGUUAAAUGGCAGCAAUUUACUGAACACAUCAGGAAGUUUGAGUGGGAGAAAACAGCAAAGGAAAGGAUCAAAUCGAUGAGAGGCUUGAAUGCUAGUUUAGGUUUAUUUAUAAUAUAAAUACAACACAUUGAUACAAUCCAUUUGGCUAUAUGAGCUCAUCAUUAGGAGGCUCAGUUUUCAAAUACAGCAACACUAACAGACAAAAACCAUUUCCUUUAUUAUCAAACACAUUCAAAGAAACCUCCCUUUGAGUUAAAAUGCACCAACAUGUUAUGAUGCUACAUGCCAAGUACACAAUCCUAUACAUCAAAGUGCAAUGUUCACAAUGGGUUAAUGCUAGAAUUCAUAAUUCAGAAAUCUACUAAACACUUUAUGAUUAUUUCAUUCGGAGUGCUGCUGCUCUUCGCUCAGGACAUGCGUGAGUGG